AAAAAAACUACUAAGAAGAAGAAGAAGAAGAAGAAGCAGCUCUAAUAUUUCUGCGUUGAGUGUCUGUGACGGCUAUAGCGGUCUGACGAUGAGCGGAAGAGGUAAAACCGGCGGUAAGACCAGAGCGAAGGCUAAGACUCGCUCCUCCAGAGCAGGGCUGCAGUUCCCCGUCGGUCGUGUUCACAGGCUUCUCCGCAAAGGUAACUACGGCGAGCGCGUCGGUGCCGGUGCUCCGGUGUAUCUGGCCGCUGUGCUCGAGUAUCUGACGGCUGAGAUCCUGGAGCUGGCUGGAAACGCCGCUCGGGACAACAAGAAGAGCCGUAUCAUCCCCCGUCACCUGCAGCUGGCGGUGCGCAACGACGAGGAGCUGAACAAACUCCUGGGCGGAGUGACCAUCGCUCAGGGCGGCGUGCUGCCCAACAUCCAGGCCGUGCUGCUGCCCAAGAAGACCGAGAAACCCGCCAAAACCAAAUAAACAAGAAUACACAAAACUCCCAAAGGCUCUUUUCAGAGCCACCCACUUUCUCUUUUAAAAGGGCGAUUGUAAUUAAACGCUGUGUCGUGCUCCAUUGUCUCGUCCUAUAAUUAAGGUUUGGGUAUUAGCGCUAUUGGAAUGCACUUCAUAACAAUUUGCAAUCAAUUAUACACUUGUUUAAAAACGCACAGCCAUUGGUCACGUGAUAAACGCAUUGGCCAAUAAAACGCCUGCUGCACAAG